CGCUCUUGAUGGAAUAAUAUUUGGAUAAACUUUUCUCAUUUUAUGUUGAACACAAUGAACAUUCCAUGGUUUCCUUGGAUUCGUUUAAUUGUAUAUUUAUGCGUGAAUAUUCAAGAAAAUAGUGCUAAAAUUUUGCCAUUUAAUGGCACAUGGAUGUCGAUAGGAAAUCAGUUACCCAGCUCAAUAUGGAUACCAACUACAACACAACCAGCCGGACCUGGUGCACCACAAAUAUUUUUAAUAAAUGAUCAAAAACUACCACAAUCACCGGGUGGCGGUAUUAGUCCACCGAGUAUAACAAUUUUACCCGAAGAUAUGUGCAAUAAUAUAACUGGAUUUAGUCCAGGACAGGUACGUUUAUGUCAUUUGUACAAAGAUCAUAUGCUUGGAGUUGCAAACGGUGCACGCAUGGCCAUUUCUGAAUGUAAACAUCAAUUUAAAGAUCGUCGUUGGAAUUGUUCGACAGUAGAUGAUGGUACUGUUUUUGGCCCUGUGAUGAAAUUAGCAAGUCGAGAAACAGCAUUUGCUCAUGCCAUUGCCGCAGCCGGUGUUACAUAUGCAAUAUCACGAUCUUGUAGAGAAGGAUCUCUAUCAUCAUGUGGCUGUUCACGAGCAUCAAGACCACGAAAUUUAUUUAAAGACUGGGUUUGGGGUGGAUGUGGAGAUAAUUUGGAGUAUGGUUAUAAAUUUACACAAGGAUUUGUUGACAUACGCGAAAAAGAGCGUAAAUUCAAAGCAGGAUCAAAAAAACAAGGACGAUCGUUGAUGAAUUUACACAAUAAUGAAGCUGGACGUCGAGCAAUAAUAAAGAAGUCACGAGUAACAUGUAAAUGUCAUGGUGUUUCGGGAUCAUGCUCUUUGGUCACGUGCUGGCAACAACUUGCUUCAUUCAGAGAAAUAGGUGAUUAUUUGUUGGAUAAAUACGAUGGAGCAACAGAAGUGCGUGCAAAUCGUCGUGGACGUUUACAAAUACGUGAUGCACGAUUUACAAUGCCAACAGCAAACGAUUUAGUAUAUUUACAAGAAUCACCAAAUUAUUGUGUGAAAGAUCCACGCGUUGGAUCAUUUGGCACACAAGGACGUACCUGUAAUCGUACAUCCCAUGGAAUGGAUGGCUGUAAUCUAAUGUGUUGUGGUCGUGGCUACAAUACAAAAAAAGUUACAAUCAAAGAACGAUGUGAAUGUAAAUUCCAUUGGUGUUGUCAUGUUGAAUGUAAAACUUGUAUUAAAACUGUCGAUUUACAUACAUGCAAAUAAUCAAAUCAUGUAAUUAAUUCUAGCGCUGAUCUGUAUUUUUA